CAUUAAAAAUUUCCAAAGUCCAAACUUCUCCCAACCUUUCCACCUUCCAAGUCAACACAAACUGCUCAUUUCUCUCUCCAAACUCAGCAUCACAUUCACGGCAUUAUCUCCCCUAAUUCACACGCACGCGUUUCUUCCUUUCAAUUUUCACUAGUUCAUCAAAAAGAUUCCUCCUUUAUUAUUUCUUCUUCUAUUCCCAAAGCUGAUUUUCUUGCCCUUUUUCAUUUCCAAAGCAUAAUUAUUACAACCAUUCAGUAAUUAGCAAGUAGUACUAGUACUAAAGUUGUAAACUUUCUGAAAUUCUCCCUCUUUUUUGGUGGCAAAACAAACAAACCCUAAGGAAAAAGAAAAGUGUGUGUUUUUUGAUAAAAAUGGUGGGUUUUAAAGCUUCAUCUUUGUGUUUGUUGAUAUGGGUUUGUUUAUCUAUGGAUUUGGUGAAGUGGGUAUCUGGGAAUUCUGAAGGAGAUGCUCUUUUUGCUUUGAGGAAGAGUUUGAAGGAUCCAGAUAAUGUACUUGAAAGUUGGGAUCCCAAUCUUGUUAGCCCUUGUACUUGGUUUCACAUCACUUGCAACUCUGAUAAUCAUGUCACCCGAGUAGAUCUUGGCAAUUCAAACCUCUCUGGACAUCUAGUGCCUGAUCUUGGAAAGCUUGAACAUCUCCAGUAUCUGGAACUUUACAAGAACAAUAUUAAAGGGACCAUUCCAUCUGAGCUUGGAAAUCUAAAGAGCCUAAUUAGCUUGGAUCUAUAUAACAACAACAUAUCCGGAAGAAUUCCCUCAGAAUUGGGAAAACUGAAAUCCCUUGUCUUCUUGCGACUUAACAAUAACAAAUUAAGUGGCUGUAUUCCAAGGGAGCUAGCUAAGGUUUCCAGCUUGAAAGUUGUAGAUGUUUCUUCCAACAAUCUAUGUGGAACAAUUCCAACAUCGGGUCCUUUCGAGCACAUUCCUUUGGAGAACUUUGAGAACAACCCUCGUUUGGAAGGUCCGGAGUUGAUUGGACUUGCGAGUUACGAUACAAACUGUGUCUAAAGGACCGGUGUGAAAAUUAUUUCAAGGUUUACUCAUCUUUGUUAUACAGUUGGAUGUGUUGCUGCUUGUAGUAAUGUAAUGUAAGAUGGUGUUAUAGAGGGAAUACAUGGUUAUACAGAGCGCAAAGUUGCUCGUAGUAAUGUAAUGUAAUGUAAUGUGAUGUGAAUGGAAUAUUAUGUGUUUCUAGAACAUGAUUGUUAACGAAGUUAACUGGAUCUAUCAAGCUGGUAUAGACCUAUAUUUACCAGACAUUAUAGUAA